AUGGCCGCCAAUAUGAACAUGCAGCAGCAGAUGGGCAUGCCGCUCCAGCAGCAGGCCCAGCAGCGGAGAAAUGGCAUCCCCAAUCACCUGAUGGCCAUUGUCUACCAGCAGCUAGUGGCAAACACACCCGUUGUCAAUGGAUGGCGAUCCGGUGUGCAGCUCACGGAGCGGAUGGGCAAGACGGUGAACCUGGUCACGAACAUCAUUCUUGCAAAUCCAGGCAUCGACUGGCAAAAGGCAUUGCAGGCCGGUGUCGACUUUGAGCGGAAAGCCUACCUGGAAAUGCCGGACAGGGCGAUGUACGAGAAGCAGAUGACUACGAAAAUUCAGGAGCAGUUUGUCAAGCGCCAGUCCAACGAGCAAAAUAUCAGAAACGACAUGAACAACCAGCAGCUCCAGCAGCAGGCACUUUUGCAGCAACAAGCGGCAGCGCAACAACAGGCGGCUCAGCAGCAGCAACUGCAACAGCAACUUCUCAUGAACCCUCAACUCCGGGCCUUUGGCCAAAACCCUCAAAGUUUUCAGCACUUGCAACACCCCAUGCAGGCAUCGCCAAUUCCGCAGCAAAACCCUCAGCAAAUGGGCGCCGCUGGUCUUAUGGGCCAAAAUGGAGUCGGCAUGCAGAUGGCACCGAACCAACAGCAGCAACAGCAACAGAACUUGCAGAACAUGCAAAAUUUGAACCAAGUACGCCAAAGCGGAAUAGACCUCUCGAAACUGACGGAACAAGAUCGCCAAAAAGUGAACGAGUUUGCGAAUCGCCUUUAUAUGAGCGCGGAUGACAACACCAAAAGAAACCUGUUGGCCAACAUGCAGAAUCGCGUCAGCCCGCAAACAAUUGAGAACCUCCAGCAAAGCGGAAAGGAUGUUUUGAUGCACAUGUUCCAGAUCCAGGCACUCAACGUCCUGACCCAAAAAGCCAGCAAUCUACGAACGCAACCAGGUGUUGCUAAUCCUAAUAUGCCUGGCGGCCAGCACCCGAUGCAACAGCUUCAACAACAGCAAGCACUUCAGCAGCAGCAACAACAGCAAAAUGGAAUGGCCGGUGGUGUUUUGAACCCGAACAUGAUGGGUGUCAGCGGGCCUGCCCAAGGCGGUGCCCUCGUUGCUGGCGCUUCUGGCCCGGGUGCACAACGCAACGCACAAUACCCCUUCGGUCCCAACGUGGAAAGCAUCAUGAACGAGCACAAAGCUGCACUUCUUGCCCAAGAGGCUGGUCAGGUUGUUGUCCCGGCGAGUACACAAGCUGGCCGCAACCCCACGCCACAGCCGCCAAUGGCUGGUGCUCCGGUUGCUCCGAACAAUGCUGCUGGUAUGGCUGGUAACCAAGGACAUCCUAAUACUCAGCAAGGCGUCCAGCUCCAGCGUGGUGGUCCCCAGAUGCAGCAAGGAUUCAACAUGCACCAGAUGGGUCUUGAUGCUUCUGGCGCUGCCAAUAUGCAGAACCAGCAGCAGCGGGCACAACAGCAGGGCGCAAAACAAUUACAAGGCCAGCCCGGUAGUGUAAUGGGCCACAGUCCGGCAAUUGGCAACUUAGGCACGCCCAUGGCUCGCCAGGCCACUGCGCAAGGCGAGGCGACCCUUCAGCAACAGCAGCAGCAGCAACAGCAGCAGCAGCAACAGCAACAGCAGCAGCAGCAACAGCAGCAGCAGCAACAGCAACAGCAGCAACAGCAACAACAACGACAAAUGGCACAGGGUGGCCCAACAUUUACGGGACAGCUCAACCCUCGUUUCAACCAGAACCUCAAUCCCAAUUUCCAGAACAUGAUCAAUUCUAUGUCAGCUGAGCAAAGGGAGAAGUUUUCGAGCCUCCCCCCAGAGAAGUUGAACGAGAUCAUGGCCAGAUGGGCUCAACAGCAACAGCUAAGAAUGAAUCAAACCAAGAAUAACCCUGCCGCCGCUGCCCAAAUGCAGCAGCAGCAAAGCCGCCAAGGCCAGCUGGGCCCUGGUCAAGUCAACCAGCAGCAACCGCAACAGCAGCAACAGCAGCAACAACAGGCUGGUGUACAGGCAAACCAGUUUGGUAUGACUGCUCAACAGCCGAUGGGAAUCCCGCCACAGAACAUGGGCCAGGCAGGCCAGGGUCCGAGACAAAUGCGCCCCCAGCAUCAAGCUAUUAUGGAUAGCAUGGAUUUGCCGCCGCAAGUGUCCAGUCAAUUCAGCCUGCCUCCGGAGGUCAAGAAAUGGCGUGACUUGAAGAUCUGGAUUGCGCAGAAUAGCUUGCCAGAUCCUGUCAAAGCGCAGCUGUCAAACUUCCAGAUGGUGCAGUUUAGGCAGCUGGUCGAGAAGCGGACGCAACAGCAGCAGGGCGGUCAACAACAACGGCCUGGCCCUCCUGGUAUGCAGCCUCCAAACGCCCCUGUUGCAGCUGGCCCAAAUGCCAACGCAAAUGCCAACGGAAACAAGCCAAUUGGUCCGAAUAUGCAGCAGAUGGCCGGCACCUUACCAAAUAUCCCGGCCAGCAUGCUCACCAUCACUGCUGCCGAGGUUGCACAGCUUCGUGUAAGAGAUCCCAAGCUUGCUAAUGUUUCCGAGGAUAUUGUUCGAAAGUUCGGCGCACGAAUGAAGCAUGAACAGAUUAUCAAGCAUUACAUGCAGCAGCAGGCCAAGAAUGGGGUCCCCUUGAAUGUUCUUCAGCAAGCCCAACAAGCCCAGCUGGCCCAACAGCAGCCGGGAGUUGGCCAGCCCUUGAACUUGCAACAGCAGCAACUACUGCGGCAGCAACUUCAAAAUCCUCUACAGGAGCAGCAACAGCCACAGCUGCAACUUCAUAAUUCUCUGCAGCAGCAACAGCAACAGCUUCAGCAACAGCAGACGAAACAGCAGCUUCAACAACAGUUGCAACAACAGUUCCAGAUGCAGCAGCAGCAGCAGCACAAUCUCAUGCUUCAGCAACAAGGUGGUCAACUUGAAAACCCAAGUGCAGCUGCCGCGGCCGCUGCCGCGGCUGUCACCCAAAACCCUGCUGUGCAACAGAAGCCAACGAGCCAGGCGCCAGCGGCUCCGCCGACAUUUACUGGACAGACGACUCCGGCCCCCGCGGCUGCGACCGGUGCGAAGAGCAAGGCACAGCAGAACCGUGCUGCUGCUGCCAACCGCAAGCGUGCAGCAGCUGCUAAUAACAAUACGACUGACGAUUCGUCCAAUGCCACUUCCGCUGCUCAGCCUCAACAGUCGCCGUCUGUGCAGGUUCAGCAACAGGCCGUACAGCAACCACAGCAGCAGCAGCAGCGCCCGGUUCCGAAUAUGACAGCAGAGCAAUUUGCCAAGCUCACACCUGAGCAACAGGAGACGAUUCGCCAACGCCAGCAAGCUGUAGCAUCUGCCCUUCAGCCCGGCUCUGAAACUAUGCAGCACCUGUUAGCAAUUGGCCAUGAAGUGAAACAGGACAUACACAAGGAACAGUUCCCUGACAUUCCUAUGACCGCCGAGGAGAAGGACGAAGUGUGGAAGAAGAUUCUCGAGACCGUCGAUCCCCUGUUCAAGGUCGGCCGCGCCCUUAGCCGUUUCUACCUGGCGACUCACGAUGAAGUCCGCACUCGCAAAUUCUUCCGAACUAGAUACCGUCUUUCGCAACAAUUUGUCAACCCCGAUACACUUGCUGGCCGCAAGGAGAAUUUCUCUAUUACUCUGGAUGAAAUUGAGUCACAUCGGAACCUGUUGAUGGAUAUGGCCAAGGAGGCAAUGAAUUUUGUGCGGGCCCAUGCGAACCAGGCCCAGCUCCAAGCUGGCCAGACCGGGCAACAAAUGACGGGGCCCCAGGAGUCGCAGCAGGGUCGGAACGCAUCCGCCUCUGCCGCGACGUCUCAAGCUCAGCCAACUGCUGCCACUGCCAAAACCACAGCGGAGGAAACCCCGCGCACGCAGGCCAAGCAUAAGCGAUCAAACAGCAAGGCCAACCACCAACCGCCGGCAGCACCAACAACGGCCCAACCUCCAUUCCCUCUUCACGGGGCGUCUCCCCAUGGCCAGCCUGCUUACAUCGGCAAGCCGAGCGUGACCCAAGAGACUCUGCAUUUGCCUACGACAAAACGCCGGAAGACGAACAACCAGGCGGGUGCUGCGUCGCCUAUCACUGCGCAGACGCCCGCGGCAUCGACUCCUUCGGCAAAGGCUUCUCCUGAGGUCAAGCGCAGGCAGGCAUCGGAAGCAAAGGCUGCCGCUGCCGCCCAGUCUACAGCCGCUGCCGCUCAGCAAGCCGCCAAGUCACUGUUUUACUGCACGGAAAACGACUGCGACAUGAAGUCGACUGGAUUUGCUACGGAGGAGGCUCGUCGUACCCAUAUUGAAGAGGAACAUAUCAAGCCCGCUGCCGACCCGUUCAAGUUUGUCAGCGACGCCCUCACGGACGCACUCGGUCUGGACGCGCUAGGCAAUGCGAAAACGAGUGGCAAUGGUGUGAACACUGGAACGAACGCUACCUCAUCGAAACAGGGUCUCACACCAGUCACGCCGAUGUCUCGUGUGACGUCGAUGAACCGGCAAGCAUCUGGUGGAAAGGCUGUGGCUGGUAAGGGCUCCACCGGCAAUGGGCCGAGCACCACUCCCAAGCUUUCGGACAGCGGUCUCCAGGGUUCUGCGCCCAGCAUCGACACAGACGUGCUGCUGGCGUCUGCGUCAUUGAGCGACGCAUGGGACUUUGCCAAUGUUGAUCCACAGGAUCUUGCCUCGACGUUCAGCUUCGCUGCAGAUACUGCGGCCCAGGGCGCGAUUGCCGACUUCAGCGUAUAUCGCAGCAUGAUCACGCCUAACGACACGCCUGAGUCGAGGACCGAUAGCGGGUGGGCUUCGGAGCCGACAAGCGAAAACCUGGAGUCGACCAACCUCGACCUGAACAUGGACAUGUGGAUAACGGCCGAGGAUGGCACCAUCAUCCCCUCCAUGCUCGACGAUAUGCAAAAGUUCAAUAUGGCCGCAAUCGAUGAGACCGACACGGCCAACCUAACACAAAUGUUCUUGAACGAUGGUCCUAGUGGUUUCGGCGAUGAGGAGACAGACAUGGUGUCGAUGUUCAACAAGACGAAUGUCGAGCUUGACCCUUCUCUGUACUCAUUUGGUGCGUCCUAA